GUUUAAUCACCUAUUUCGCUUUCGCUCUGGUUUCUGAAUCCAUCCAAUUACCCUAGCCUUGCAAAGCAUCGACUGUGCACUAUGGUUGAAGCGUGGCCAACCUGGGAGCGCGAUGUGAAGCUGGGCGUAGGUGCUGCAGCGACCCUAGCGUCAAGAUACUACUUCAACAAGCGACAGCUGUGGCCUUGGCGGAUCUCCACGCUCAUAGCCUGGCCGGCGCUGGGCCUGGGCCUCAUGGACGUGGCCAUGCAGAUGACCGCCACCAAGGAGCCCAUCAUCCGCAAGGUGGAUGAGGCACGGGCGCAGCAGCAGCAGCAGUCGCAGCAGGCGAAAGCGGCGGCCAGUAGCUGAGGCGUGAAAGCUGGGGAGCUUUGCGGCGUAACUAGGAUACCUGUAUCCGAGAGCCGUCGUAAUAUCAGAAUUACGGUAGUUGUGCACGAGGGGUGUGCGAGGGAGAAGUGGAGAGCGCAGCGGUGCUGAUGUGUUCGACCGAGUUGCUACUUAAGAGUUGCUGGGAGCGUGGCGGAAGCUUGGGCACAGGCUGUGUGUUGCUGGGACAGGGGUUGAUUAUGUUAUAACGUGGCAUUGCAAGGACGGCCGGCGGCUGUGUAGUGACGCGCGCAUGACGGUGCGGCGGCGUGUGGUGAGGCACUGCCGGACCGGAUGACCGGAGACGGGCUGCACCGGGGAGGCUGCACUACGCUUUCGUGCUGGUGUGGUGCUGCAUCACAAGGGUUGAUAUGACUUAGCCCGUGGUACUGGUGUGUGCAGUGUGCGCAAGGGUGGCAAUGGCGCGAAGGGGCAGUGUGCGGAGUGCGGAGUGCUGUCUGAGAGGAAAGCAGCGGCACGCCAGCAGAUGGAGGGCAAGAGUGCUGGGUUCGAUGCAUGCCUGACAAUUAUUUGAUGAGGCCGUGAGAGUGAGAGCAGAAAUGUGAAGCACAGGAUAGUCGGAGCAUUCCAUUCGAACGCACCAAACCACGCAGGAGGUAAGGUUGCCAACUGAUUGCAGGGCGUCCCGUGGCAUGGGGGCAUACUCCCCCAGGUAGUGCGAGGGACGUGUGCUUUUGUGGCGGUUCAGUGCACGGUGCGUUGGCCGGUUGGCGCGGCGUGCAUCUGGAAAUCAUUAAUGUAUUUACCGAGGAAGGGUGGCUGGCCAAGGUAGACUUCUGCAAGGAUGAGCAGGCGUGUCAUUGACGCUGCAAGUCAAGGGCGGGGAAGCCGGUAAGGGUGCGGGGAUUCGGC